AACUUGCUUAGAUCCUUUUUGGAAGAUGCAGAUGCUAAGAAGCAUGCAAGUGCAUUGGUGAGAAAUUGUGUUGAAGAGAUCAAAGAAAUUGUUUUUGAUACAGAGGAUAUAAUCGAAACAUUCCUUCUAAAGGAAGAGCUUGUAAAAAUAAAUAGCAUCAAGAAGAAAUGUUUGAGAGGACUUUCUUGCAUUAGAAUGGACCAUAGGAAAAUUGCUUUAGAUAUGGGAGGUAUAAGUAAGAGAAUCUCCAAGGUGAUUCGUGAUAUGCAGAGUUUUGGAGUGCAACAGAUGAUUUUCGAUGGCAGCAAGUAUUCAAAUCCUCUACAAGAAAGAGAAAGGGAGAUGCGAAAAACAUUUCCGAGCAAUAACGAAAACGAGCUUGUGGGGUUGGAGGAGAAUGUUAAUAAAUUGGUUGGCAAUUUGGUGAAGGAAGAUAGCAUUCAAGUAGUUUCUAUAACUGGGAUGGGCGGUAUCGGUAAAACUACACUUGCUCGACAAGUUUUUAAUCAUGAAAUGGUUAAAAACCAUUUUGAUGGCGUUGCGUGGGUGUGUAUUUCGCAACAGUUCACACGGACAUAUGUGUGGCAAACGAUCUUGCAACAGCUUAGUUCAAAACAUGAUAAGCAUGUAGAGACAAAUAUGAAUGAAGAAGACCUCCAAGAAAAGCUCUUUCAAUUGUUGGAAACUAGAACUUCUUUGAUCAUCCUAGAUGACAUGUGGAGAGAAGAAGAUUGGGACAGAAUAAAGCCUGUGUUUCCACCCAAAAAAGGAUGGAAGGUACUACUUACUUCACGCAACGUGAACGUUGGAAUACAUGCAGAUCCUACGUGUGUCACUUUCAAACCAGGAUACCUAACCUCUGAUGAAAGUUGGACACUUUUUCGAAGGAUAGCAUUUCCUAGGAAAGAGACAACAAUGGAGUUUAAAGUUGAUGUCGAAUUCGAAGAGAUGGGUAGGCAAAUGAUAAAUCAUUGUGGAGGAUUACCAUUGGCUGUUAAGGUGUUAGGAGGGUUGUUAGCUUCCCAACACACAUUAAGUGAGUGGAAAAGGAUAUCUCAUAAUAUUAAAUCCAACAUUAUUGGAGAGACUAGCUUCAAUGACAGAAAUAUCAGCUCUGUUUAUCAUAUUUUGUAUCUGAGCUUUGAAGAGCUGCCUAUUUAUUUGAAGCACUGCUUUCUCUACCUUGCCCAUUUCCCAGAAGAUCAUCCAAUACGGGUUUGGGAUUUGUCCUAUUAUUGGGCAGCAGAAGGAAUACCAAGACCAAUGGUUUACAAAGGAGCAACCAUUGAAGAGGUCGGAGAUGGAUAUGUAGAAGAACUGGUCAAGAGACACAUGGUUAAACGAGAUGUUAGUUACUUGGGAUUCGAAACAUGUCACAUGCAUGACAUGAUGAGAGAAGUUUGUCUACGUAAAGCUGAAGAAGAGAAUUUUGUACACGUGGUUGAUACUACAAACUCUCAAUCUCCUUGUAAAUCUCGGAGGAUGGCGGUACACUGGCUUGAUGAAACAUAUGAUCCAGAAGCAGAGUUGGUGAAUCCAAAACUUAGAUCUCUCUUGUUUAUCUGGAACCAG